GCCCGGCCCCGCCCUUCGCGUCUCGGUUUCCCGGGCCGGCGCGCGCGGCUCCCGUCACUCGAGCGCGCGUCGGCGGGGGGAGGAAGAUGGCGGAGUCUGGCGGUAGCGGCGGUGGUGCUGGCGGCGGCGGCGCCUUUGGCGCGGGCCCGGGCCCCGAGCGCCCGAACAGCACGGCCGACAAGAACGGGGCCCUCAAGUGCACCUUCUCGGCGGCCGGCCACAGCACCAGCCUCUUGCAGGGCCUGGCCACCCUCCGCGCCCAGGGCCAGCUCCUCGAUGUCGUGCUGACCAUCAACAGAGAGGCCUUUCCUGCGCACAAGGUCGUCCUGGCCGCCUGCAGCGACUACUUCAGGGCCAUGUUCACCGGUGGCAUGCGGGAGGCGAGCCAGGACGUCAUAGAGCUGAAGGGCGUGUCGGCCCGCGGCCUGCGGCACAUCAUCGACUUCGCCUACAGCGCCGAGGUGACCCUGGACCUGGACUGCGUGCAGGAUGUGCUGGGUGCCGCUGUGUUCCUGCAGAUGCUGCCCGUGGUGGAGCUGUGCGAGGAGUUCCUGAAGGCGGCCAUGAGCGUGGAGACCUGCCUCAACAUCGGCCAGAUGGCCACCACCUUCAGCCUGGCCUCGCUGCGGGAGUCAGUGGACGCCUUCACCUUCCAGCACUUCCUGCAGAUCGCGGAGGAGGAGGACUUCCUGCGCCUGCCGCUGGAGCGCCUGGUCUUCUUCCUGCAGAGCAACCGACUGCAGAGCUGUGCUGAGAUCGACCUGUUCCGAGCCGCGGUCCGCUGGCUGCAGCACGACCCCGCCCGGCGGCCGCGUGCCAGCCACGUGCUCUGCCACAUCCGCUUCCCGCUCAUGCAGUCCUCCGAGCUGGUGGACAGCGUGCAGACGCUGGACAUCAUGGUGGAGGACGUACUGUGCCGCCAGUACCUGCUGGAAGCCUUCAACUACCAGGUGCUGCCCUUCCGGCAGCACGAGAUGCAGUCGCCGCGUACCGCCGUGCGCUCGGACGUGCCCUCGCUGGUGGCCUUUGGCGGAACGCCCUACACCGACAGCGACCGCUCGGUAAGCAGCAAGGUAUACCAGCUGCCCGAGCCAGGCGCCCGCCACUUCCGCGAGCUCACGGAGAUGGAGGUGGGCUGCAGCCACACGUGCGUGGCCGUGCUGGACAACUUCGUGUACAUGGCCGGGGGCCAGCACCUGCAGUACCGCAGCGGCGAGGGCGCGGUGGACGCCUGCUACCGCUACGACCCGCACCUGAACCGCUGGCUGCGCCUGCAGGCCAUGCAGGAGAGCCGCAUCCAGUUCCAGCUGAACGUGCUGUGCGGCAUGGUGUACGCCACGGGCGGCCGCAACCGGGCCGGCAGCCUGGCCUCGGUGGAGCGCUACUGCCCCCGGCGCAACGAGUGGGGCUACGCCUGCUCGCUCAAGCGCCGCAUCUGGGGCCACGCUGGGGCCGCCUCCGGGGGCCGCCUGUACAUCUCGGGCGGCUAUGGCAUCUCAGUGGAGGACAAGAAGGCGCUGCACUGCUACGACCCCGUGGCCGACCAGUGGGAGUUCAAGGCGCCCAUGAGCGAGCCCCGUGUGCUGCACGCCAUGGUGGGCGCGGGCGGCCGCAUCUAUGCCCUCGGGGGCCGCAUGGACCACGUGGACCGCUGCUUCGACGUGCUGGCUGUGGAGUACUACGUGCCCGAGACGGACCAGUGGACCAGCGUGAGCCCCAUGCGAGCCGGCCAGUCAGAGGCGGGCUGCUGCCUGCUGGAGAGGAAGAUCUACAUCGUCGGGGGCUACAACUGGCGGCUCAACAACGUCACGGGCAUCGUGCAGGUGUACAACACGGACACCGAUGAGUGGGAGCGGGACCUGCACUUCCCGGAGUCCUUCGCGGGCAUAGCCUGCGCCCCCGUCCUGCUGCCCCGAGCCGGGACCAGGAGGUAGCCCCCCAGACCCCCGGGACUCUGGCCUGACGGCAUGCUGUCUCCAAGCCGGGCUUGGCAAGUGCACGUCUGCCUGAACCCCAGUGCCCCUCUUCGCCCAGGCUGCCCUCGAGAGGCCUGCGUGUGGAUAAGUGCCCCUCCCAGGGUGACCUCCCUCCCUCCCUCCUUCCCAAAGCAGAUCCUGGCUCCAGGUCCGCUUGAGUGAGCCUGCCCACGAAGCGGCCUACGAGCCAGCUGUGGCAGCAGACUUGUCCCCGGGCAAUUUCCUGCAAGCGGAUGGAAUCCCAGGUCUCCAGGGGGUCCCUGUGCCGCUCUGCACUCCUCUACCCCUGCCCAGCCCCACGGUUUCAGGCAUUCAGAUGUGAGCUCAUCUCCAUCCAACCUAAAGUCGGUGGUAUGCGACUCGCCCUCCUUCCAAGUCUCCUGCGCACGUGUUUUUAAAAUAAACUCUCCCCAAACCUCCAAAACACACAGACCUCCAGAAGCAGUGAGAGGCGGCUUGGAGGCCCUUGGUUUGGGGUGGGCAGAGGACCAGGGUACGUGCCUGUCUCUCCUGGGGUGCCCUCCUUCCCCCAUCCCGAGCUGCUGAGGGGAGGCUCUGGUCAUGCCUCCGUUCCCGUCAUCGUCUGCCUUCAGGAGGAAAAACCACAUCAACUCCUAGGAACGGUCCUUACGGGCCUCGGGCCUUCCGUUUGGCAAGAGCAUCUUGCGGGGCCUUCGCUGGCCGAGACAUCCCGGCCCUCUACAUUUGCCCUGUUGGCCGGGCAGUCCCCUUCCUGCAGCUGGAGGGAGACGCUGACUUCGGAAUUCCACAGUGUCGCCUCCCGCAGGUCAGCUGGGUGCUCUUUAUUCUCCUCCCUCCUCCUCUCCCCCCCCGCCGCCUGCACCCUGCCACUCCCCGGCCUGCCCUGUUUCCAGGUCGACAUUGCUACCCAGCCGGCAGUGAGGCCUUUCCCUUCUCAAGGGCUCUGCGGCAUCUCUGGCCACAUUUGUUUUAAUGUCUGAACCUCUAAAGCUUUUCUUUUUAAUUUGUUUUACUUUUUAUUUUAAGAAGCCAGCCCCGCUGUCUCAUAGAUGGGAUUUGCACUCUCGGGGCAACUUAAAGUGUCUCUCUCGCUGCUCACAGACGAUUGAUGUCUUGUCGCUGUGACCCACUCACCAUGUAAAGAAUUAACCUCCUAUCUUAGCAGACGUCGUCUCCUAAUAUUUCCCUUUAUUUAAUAAAAAUGUUAUGGUGAAGAGAUGGAGCAGGCCCAGCACUGAGCUUGUGCGGCUGGGGCUGAUUGGUCACAGA